AUGACUCCGGCGGAGGAAUUGCUCUCACAGGGACGGAUCUACAUCCGCUCUGUCCUUGAUAUUCUCGAAGGAUCGGAAUCGGGAGAGCGACUGACCGCUUCUCUGGCCCACUUUUGUCAAUUCCAGGUGGAUUUGCAAACGAGUUCGGACGAUGAUCGACAAGUCCUCGAGAAUAUUAUUAUCAGCCAGUGUGAAGUUGUUGUCAAAAGGUUAAAGAGCAAACUGGAAAACGCCAGCGAGCCUGAAGGGUACAUACACAGUUUUUUCAGUGACCGAAAUCCAUGGGAAUGCCUCACAAAAGACCUCGAAAGAGCCGUUGCAGCUGCAGGUAUUGAGUUUUAUUACAUCUUAUACAAACGUUCUGCUCAGCAACACAACCAAACGCUUGAGAUGAUCGCCGGACGGCAGAGAACAGAAGCGGUGCGAAGUUGGCUCUCCUAUCCUAAAGACCCCGCCAUUUUCCUACAUGCACUUGAUAAUCGCCUCAAGGGAACGGGACAGUGGUUUACUAAGAGCAAACAAUUUAGCGAUUGGUUGACAGCAAAGGACAAAUCUUUUCUUUUGGUUCACGGGACCGAAGGAUGCGGGAAAUCUUUCCUUUGUGCUACGGCUCUCCAACAUGUAAAGCAACACAGACGUGAACAAGAUUCUGUGGAAAUUGGAGUUGCCUGUUUCUCCUUCGAUGACAACCCAAAGCAGGGACCAAGGCAAGAUGAAGCCGAUAUGCUACGUUCGCUGCUGUGGCAACUUUCCGGCGAGUUGGAUGACGGGCAUAAGCACCUACAUGAGCGUCUGCGUGAUUCAAGCUUCACAAAUGAUUCACUUUGCCGUUUCCUGCUCGAAAUCGUCAAAAUGUUCGGUCGGACGUUCAUUCUGAUAGACGGCUUGGGUGUAGCCACAAGCACUAAAGUGUCAAAGGUCAUCGAACAAAUGCGUGAAUCUUGCCCAUCUCUUCAUCUUUUGGUCACAAGUCGUGAUGUUCCCGAGGUGUAUGAAUACUUCAACGCCGAACAGAAUGAAACCGUCGCUAUGAGCAAUCAAGAAGGGGUUCAAUGCGACAUUUCUAGCUGGGUUACCCAAGAACUUGACAGUCACGUUAUGUUAUGGCGUUACAAAGAUAAACAUGGCGAAAUUAGUUCUGCCAUAACCGAACGUGCCCAAUAUUGCUUCCGCUAUGCGGCGUACUUGUUUCAUCAUAUUGGAACAGCCGUUAAUGAGAGCCACUUGAACUCUAUACUAUCAACCAUGUCCAAAUUGCCUUGUUCUUUGGAUGCUGCACGCAAGGGCGAUCCUAAGUGGUUCGAAGAAAUGGCGAAGAGCUUGGGUACUUAG